GAACAACAGACACAACUUUUUAUGGCUAUGUUGGAGAUGAACAUUUUCAGAUAUGAGAUCUUCAUGGACGACGUGACGCCAGAUCAGCUGAAUGUGGGGUUCCUGCGAGACUUCACUUUACUGCCUGAAUCCUACUUUUCUCCUGGAGCAGAAAUCAUCUUCCAAAAUUUCUACCUACGAUGGGGAACGCACUACAUCAAGUCAGCCAAAUUCGGAGGUCAACUGAAGAUCAUCAAGACAAAAGAAGCUACUAAGGACCUGACGAUGUCUGAAUUCGCCAAUGCAGCCGAAUCCGACUGGAAGAUGACCAUGAGCACCUUCUCAGCUCAGGCGUCACAAACCAAGUCUGGUAGCUGGUGGCAUCAACAUGAGACGAAGGAGGAGUCACAACAAUCCGCCGGAACAGCAGAGUCUGGAUCUACAUCACAGACAAACAGGAAUCAGGAAAAACAGGCAUCAUCCCAACAGUACAGCAACGAGGUACUGUCGGUUCAAGGCGGAGACCAGCAGAUUGCCGCGGCCAUCACGGAGAUGUACACGACAGCCCUAACAACGGAGCUGAAGGACUGGUUAGAUUCUAUCAAGGACUACCCCAAACCCUUCUCUUUUGUGUUGAGACCGGUUUCAGACCUACUAGAUAUCCCGUUUGACUCGCUCUUCCCAAAGGGAGAUCGAGUUGACUUUGGCUGCCUUGGCAAAACGUAA